CAUGAAGUUAACCAAAUAUUAGAAGUUAAGUCAUUCUUUGUGCAAGCUCCAAUAUGGGACAAAUUGCACAGUGAUUCUUUUGCGAUUCUCGGCUGGGGUUUUAAUCUUUGGCAGGAGAACUCUCUUAGGUACAUACCAACAGAUAGUUUUUUAGCUGAUGCUCAAGAAACUGUGUGUGUGAAGAGACGACGCAGGUCUCCGUCUCUACUGGCACUCUGUAAUGAACAACGACCUCGACAGUCAUUCCAUCUAGAUCACACUACUACUACGACUACUACUACAACUACUAUCAAGAGGAGUUCAAGAUUUCGUGGAGUUAGCAGACAUCGGUGGACAGGGAGAUUUGAAGCUCAUCUAUGGGAUAAAGGGUCUUGGAAUGAAACUCAAAAGAAGAAAGGAAAACAAGUAUAUCUUGGAGCAUACGAUGAAGAAGAAGCUGCAGCGAGAGUGUAUGAUUUGGCUGCAAUCAAAUAUUGGGGAGCCUCAACAUAUACUAACUUCCCAAUAUGUGAUUACAAAAAGGAUAUAGAAAUAAUGCAAAACAUGAGCAAGGAGGAAUACUUGGUCUCUCUAAGAAGGAGAAGCAGUGGUUUCGCGAGAGGGGUGUCCAAGUACAGUAGAGGUGUUGGAAGGUCAAAGCAGUAUCACAAAGAAGAGUUGAGCAACUAUAUUAGAUGGAUGAGGCCUCAGACUAACUGCUCGGAUUUGUCGAGUGGGAAUUCGUUUGCAAUAAAGAAUCCGGCAAUAUCAGACAAGCAUGAGAUCAUUGAAAGGAAAAUGCCUCUCACCCCUUGGAACAAGCCCACCACCCCAACAGCCCUCAGUCUGCUCCUCCGUUCUUCCUUGUUUAAAGAGCUCGUUGAAAAGACGACUACUACUGCUACUACUAUUGGCGGAGAUGACGAUGAUGAAGAAAAACCAACAGGAUGGCCGUUUUGGAACACAUCGAUGCAAUGUGUCAAGUAUUAGAUCUGAGAGCUAUGUAUGAAAAAUAACACUGUAAUAUGGUUGAAAUAAACCAGCUCUGAAAAUCAAUUCAAAUACAGGGUUGAUACGAAUA